GAAGCUGCUAUUUACGAUCGACAAAUUAGGCUCUGGGGCCUUGAUGCUCAACAAAGAAUUGGCAAAGCAACCAUUCUCAUUGCAGGCAUUACUGCAUUGAGUAACGAAGUCUGUAAAAACUUGGCUUUAGCAGGUGUCGCGAGCAUAACAUUGCUUGAUCACGGAACUGUGACAGAGUACGAUCUAGGAGCUCAGUUUUUCUUGAAUGAAGCAAGUGUUGGAAAAAAUAAAGCAGAGGCAGCAGCAGCAAGUAUCAGAAAUUUAAAUCCACUUGUCAGUGUCAUUGUGGAUCAAGACAAUAUUAAAGAUAAACCAGAUGACUACUUCACAACUUACUCUGUAGUUUGCUUGAUACAUUCAGAUUAUGAUAUAAUUUCCAGGGUAAACAGCAUCAGAAGAAAGAUUAGAAAGCCUUUUUAUGCUGGUGAUGCAUUUGGGCACUUCGGAUAUAUUUUCUGCGACUUGACAGAGCAUACAUAUAUAUUGUGA